GAAAAACCUCAAAACAUGAAAACGCCGGUGAUGAAGGACACGUGUACUUAACUAAGUGGUGAAACUACUUUUCCCUACUAAUAACAACAGGUGUAUAUAUUGUUUUAUUCAUUUGCCAUUAAUCAACACAGACAGACCGUUGGAGAUGUAACGGUGUCCGAGUACACUGUUUACUGCCAAGAAGAAUGGAUCUCCAGGGUUUUACCAUCAGUCUUCUCAUCAGCUGUUUAAUUGUACUCCAAGAAGUAGCAGCAAAGAGAGACCUUCAUCUUUACUGUGGCGCAUGCCGGGCUCUGGUCGAUGAGAUCCAGUAUGCCAUCAGCGAGGUAGACCCCCUUGAGACAAUAGAAAUGGGGUUCAGGAUAGACCCCCAGGGGCGGCAGAAAGUCAAAAAGAUUCCGUAUGCAGGCUCGGAGGUGCAUCUAAUGGAGUUGCUGGAUGACGUCUGCAGCAAGAUGAGGGACUAUGCUGAGAGCAAAGACCCAGAGACCAACGUCAAGAAGUACGUGCGCUUCAACGCCAGGAAAGAAGGGGAUCCUGUAGAAUUGAAGAACGUCUCCAUCAACCAAGACAUCAGCAAGUCAUUAGAAGUAGCUUGCCGUAACAUAGUGGAGGAAUAUGAGGAAGAAAUCGUUCGAGCCUUUACAGCCAAAGAACCUAAUACAAAGACACGAAUAUGCAAUGAGAUUGCAGAGGUUUGCUCAGGACCAGCAGAAGACAAUCUGACAGUCACAUCUGAGAAGACAGAGCUUUGAUGAUGACCAACAGCACCUCACAUCUUAUCCAGUAUGAUCUAUUUAUCAAAGUACUUUAUGCUUAAAUGUUUAACAGAUUGUCACCAUUAUCAUGAAGGGAUGGGUACGUCGAAUUUGAGAAAACAGGUGUCCAAGAUAAUCACAAGAGUAGUUUCUCCGAUUUUGAAGCUGUAAAAACUUUUACAACUUUAUGCAGUAAGGAAAUCUUCACACAGGUUUUUGAAAGGUUAACUUUUAUGUGAACCUAGCAUCUAGAACGAACACAAUGGUUAAUGAGUCGAUAUUAGUAAAGAUGCCUGUCCCUUCGUAAAAAUAAAAAUGACCCUUCAUGAAAAUAAAAAUUCACCUUUUCUGCAUUUACCCCCCCCUCUGUUAAAUGUGUUCUUCCAUAGGGAAAGGGCACUCAAGUUAAAGCGUACGCUGUUGAGAAUGUAACAAAGACGCCCAUUCCUUCGUGAAAACAAAAAUCACAGUUGACCUACUUCUAUGCUCUUCCGUGCAGUGCAGUUAGUCCGUGCGUUCAAGGGCCAGGCAUGUGUGCAUCUCAACUUGAAAUGCAAAAUGCAUUUAUCAAGAUGCCUGCUCCUGGCAUCGUUAAUGUCAUUUUGAAGUUAAGGACGUUUUGCUUACAGAAGCAUGUCAAGAUGGUCCAUUAGGACAUUUCAAAGCAAACAGUGAAAAAAAAUUGAAAUUGAAAAAAAUUGUCAUUUUUUGUACGCAUAUCCUUUGUGAAAUUUAGAUGGAGGAAGUUGUGGAUCUGAUUUUCAAACUCAAAUCAAAUUGUGUUACCAAGUGCAAGAUAAAAAGCAAAGGAUUUGCUGAGGAGAAGCAGAAUAUCACUUAAAAAGUAGUGUUAACAUGUAUUUCUAUUGACUAGUACUAUGCUAAAUAUCGCUUACCACAUAAAACUUGUUGAGCCUUGUUUUCUGCUUAGCAUGUUUCUGUGAAACUUGAGUCACGAUUUACAGAUUCCUCAGCAUAUAACUCUCUCCUUGCACGGUUUUGGGUCACACUUGCAUCUCAUUUUACAUCUUUGGUCUCAUACACCGUUUUCCUUUCAUUUUUACAUUUUGUACAAAGGUGUGUUGUCAAACAUGUGGACUGGCAUAAUUCGGUCGCUAGUACACAUCGAUGACCAGAAGAGGGUCCUACUUGGGACCCCUUCUGGCUACUCAUAGUUCCUCGGGGCACAGGCGUGCACUAGUGACCUCAAUGCCAGUCCAUAUGUGUAUAAUAUGUCCUGUUUGGAGCAGGAUUUUUUUUUACCUAUCUGAUGUUUGAUGAAUAAGUUUAAACUUCAAAGAUCCGCAUCCUACAAAAGGUGAAUUGAUUAAAACAUUUGAGAUGUUUUAUUUAUAUAAGGUCGAGUAAAUAUCAUCUUCCUUCAAAAAGUGUCUUUUGGAAGGUAUGAGUUGAAACAUCGGAAGCCUUGUAUAGCUGUUUCCAAGGCGCAAAGUUUGGUUAUAUUGUUUUCAUUCAAGUGAGUGAUUUUUGUCGAGUAUAUUUACAGCCCAUGCUUACACUCAAACGUGUUAGUGAUCUGAACGGAAGGGUAGAGAAAGUUUGAGAAAAAAAUGACGUAUUUGCCCUUUGGAUAAAUUGUUCAAGGACUGAUGAUUUUGUUGACCAAAAUAAUUGUGUUGCGAAUGCAUUCAGUUUGGAAAGAUCGUGUAAAAAAUUGUGUAAAACUCAAAUGUUAAAGAUCCAUUCAGUUUCCAUCCAAAUAAAUUUAGAUUGUCAA